AUGAUGCAUCCGACUCGAAGGCGACACCUCACGCCUCCGGAUCAUCUGGGGCGGACACUGCAAGAACCAGGUCGACUGGCUCUGGGGAAUGUGGCGGCAUCAUGUCAGAGAUCUUCGAGCCGAGUGAUUCUUCCGACGAAUCCUCGCCUCACGCAAGUCUAUCCGACGAUAGACUUGCGUGGUGAUGGUGGUGAUGCCCCUACGCAUCACCACGAGAUAAUCAAUUCGAGAGAUCGAGCUGCCACUGGUGUCCGUGCUCGUGCUGACACCACUCAAGAGGCCAAGGACCGAAAUGUCCUGCGUCACGCUCUUCAAGUGGAGUCUCCUUGGAUGCCGCCAUCCCAAGAGUUAGAUCGAGUGCCCGACAUGGCCACCGAACAGGAUUGA